UUUUCCUUCUUCCAGCAGCACGGAGAGGUAGAAGUCGGCCAGGACGGCUGGAAAGUGAACCAGCGACUGCAGCAGGACUUGGAGCAUGGAUCUUAUAACGUCGUGGAGCGAGGAGCGAGUCAGCUCCUGGCUCCAAGGUCUGGAUGCCCCCCUGCAUCAGUACUCGGUCUCGGAUUGGCAUUUGUCGGGUCUGGAUCUGCUCCAAUUGACCUCUCAAGACCUGGAAAAGUUGGGAGUAAAUAAGAUUGGACACCAGGAGCUCAUACUGGAGGCUGUGGAGAAACUCUGCUCUCUGACGUAUUGUAUAGGAGGUGAGAACCUACGCAGUCUGACAGAGAAGCUGCGGGCCGUUGCCCACACCCUCCAGAUGGGCAUCCAGGGCCGCUGGCGCCUCAACAGCUACGAUGGACGCAGCACCACCAAGCUGCCUGCUGGCGUUCUGCAGGUUGUAGUGGAGCUCAUUACCUCUGCCAAAGCACUCUUCGCUUUGCUCAACAGGUAUCAGUUCUUUGAGCUCAGUGGAUAUCCCACCUGCAAGAACAUAUUUACCUACUGCAGAGAGCUGGGAGACAUUGUCCACAAGGAUACCGCUGUCUAUGAAAAGGAAAAGGACAUCAUCUCUGUGUGCCGUCAGUUGGUGGCGGUGUGUGAUGAAAUCCAGAAUUCCAGCCCUGAGGCGCUUCUUGCCCACACUGCUCAGCUCGAGAGUGUCGACCUAGUGCCUGUGUCACCUGGUGAUCAGCUGGGGAUUGAGAUAACGUCCAUCGGCUCCAGUAACCACUACGUGACUGGAACUGCUGCUGAGCCUUCAGCUGAUGUCUUUGUAAAGAUCUUGGCUGGUGAUGAAGUGAUUCAAGUCAACGACCAGAUAGUGGUGGGCUGGAGCAGAGCUAACCUUGUGAAGAAGCUGCAGGAGAAUCCCAGCGGAGUAACUCUGGUCCUGAAAAAGUUUCCUGGGUCAGUGCAAAGCAGAGACCCAGUCCAGCUCUCCUUCACACAGAAGGAGGAAGAGGAGAAAGAAGAGAGGUCAGAGGAGGAAGAGGAGAAGGACGAGGAGGGGAACCCGAGAUACUCCAUAUUUGAGAGGGUAGCAGCUUCUGUCAGGUCCCUGUCUUUUAGAAGAGCCAUUCACGGGACAGAGGUACAUGUGCAGCCUAUGGGACAGGAGGAAUCAGACUUGCCCACUGACAAGCAGCUGGAGGAGACUCUGACUCUCACUUCAUAUCAAAACCAACUGUCCCCAUUGUCAGCCUCAGGGGAGUUUGAGAGUUUGGAGAGCUCAAGGCUCUCCCCAAGACUGAGACAGGACCGGUCGCCGUCACCCAGAAGUCUUUCCCCCUUCAGAUUUGGGUCAUUCAGAAGUCCUUCACCUCAGAGAGUCAACCAGAAAACAGUUAGCUUAAGUUCCUGCCCUGAAAUGGUGGGACACACGGGAAAUAAGGAAAGAGAGAAGAGCUCUACAAAAGGAAUGUCGACGGCUAUGAGUCGGCGUCGUGUGUCCUGCCGUGAGCUGGGUCGACCCGACUUUGACGGCUGGCUGUGGAAGAAGAGAAAGGAGAGCAGUGUCUUCAUCACCCAGAAGUGGCAGCGCUUCUGGUUCGUCCUCAAGGGGCCUUCCCUUUACUGGUACACCACCCAACAGGAUGAGAAGGCAGAGGGUUUUGUCAAUAUCGCCAGCUACAACAUAGAGAGCGCUGGAGAGCACAAGAGAAAAUACGUGUUUAAAAUGUGCCACCAGCGAUUUCAAAACUUCUUCUUUGCUGCUGACAAUGUCAGUGACAUGAGCAAGUGGAUUAACUGUCUGAUUACAGCCAUACAGAAGCAUAAGAAGCUCCACAAAGGCCCAGAUAGUGAAGAAGAAUGUUACAGUGAGACUGAAUCUGAAAGUGAGAGAUCACCUUCACCCCGUAGAAGAAACAAGAAAGUGCAGUCCAACACUCUGCCUCGCCCCAAGGGGAAGACGAACAAGGUGCCAUUAUCGAGUCCUGUGACAGGGGGCAGCAAAGGAACAGAAGGAGGACCGGUAGAUGAGAUGGGCAUGAUGUUAAACAACAUAAAGGAAGGUGGAGUUUCUCUAAUCGGCCACGAUCAGCCAUUUACGCAUGACCACUUCAGGAAAUCAUUCAUUCGUCGCAACAAGAACCCUAUCAUCAAUGAGAAGGCGCACACGCUCCGGGCCCUGCAGAGCACUCUUAAGGCCAAAGAGACGGAGCUACUGCAGAUCAACAAGAUCUUAGAGGACUCUGAUCUGACAGCUUCAAAGUUUCGUCAGUGGAAGGAGCGCAACGAGGAGCUAGUUCAAGAAAUCGAAAGACUGGCCGCACUCAAGCCCUCCAAAGGAGGGGACGACGUGGCAGUGCAGGACACACCUACUGAGGGGGUUGCCUUGGAAACUGUCGCUAAGGAGACAGCCACCGCAGAGACAGAAGGUGCAUACAAACUGAGCCUCAGCGACGGGGAGCAGUUAGUGGACGCAGAACCAUCUGAUGUUGUCCUGGAGAUCCCACAGGGUUCUCCGAGCACAGAGACCAGUCCAGUGUUAGAAUUCUCUCUGGGAUCGCUGCAGGAGUCAAUAAAUAAACAGCUGAGUGAAAUGGCGGAGAGCGGAGAAGCUGCUGAGAACUACUUCUACAUUUAAGACCGUGCUGGAACAGUCACAUCACUGCAAAGUUGUUUACUAGAAUCAGACAAAUGGAAGACAUUUGUCAUGCAGCAGUGUGAGAGUGGUGCAUUUCACCAUGUCCUCUGCUGACAUUCGCCAGAAAGGAUUAGUUAAAUUGCCAUUAAAUCAGCACUUUAAUCGAGUAUGUCAGUGAAAUGUAUCAUUGCAGACUUGACUUGCAAAUUUAGACCUAGACUUGCUCACAACAAACAAAUAUAAAAAGAUUACAACAGAGAAAAGAACAAUUUACCAAGUGUCUAUCUGAGCUCAGUAUGUAUUUGUGGGACUUUUCUUAGAAUUCAAUGCACUAUAAGUCAUGCAUCUUGUAAUGUGAUAUGUAAAUACAGUCUUACUAUAAAUACUGUAUGUAUUUGUUUAUUGACAUUACCUUAAUAAAGGUAUACAUUUUUAAAUAUUUUGCACAUAAUUUGCUUCAGAAACACUGUUGUAGCUCCUUGUUGGUCAUGGUGACGGGGUUUCUUUUGUAGUUAUUUUUUGAGCCUUCUUGCACCUGUGGAGAACACGAACCAUACAGAUGAGCUGUAUGACAGCUGUGGGUUCAGUGCUCCUUAUUGUCCAUGAAGUCUGCCAUGAAUGCAGCAAGACAAGUGAAGACUCCUCAAGUGCUGAGAUGUCAGAGGUGGCUCUGCUCCUUUUCACUGUAAUAUUUAUCAGCUUAAUAAAAAGGGAGCGUGAUGAUCA